UGGGUGUCAAAGGAAUAGAAUGCCCUCUUUCAAACUGAGCACAGCAGGAACCUGUAACAGGAACACAGCAACUUGUUGAAUGAAUGACAAUAUUGGAAAACAUACAUUUCCUCCUCUCCCCAUCAUAGUCCCUCUGCUUCCGUGUUAACUCCAUAGACAGGCCAGCACAACCAGCCUUGCAGCCUGAGAUAAGGCCUUUGGCGGGUGUCUCCCCUAUCGCUCCCUCAAGCCCUCAAGUAGGUGUUGGAGAGAGGGGUGAUGCCUGGUGCUGGUGGAACCCCUGCACAGAGACGGACACAGGAUGAGCUCUAAGUACCCGCGGUCUGUCCGGUGCUGCCUGCCCCUCUGCGCCCUAACACUGGAAGCAGCUCUCAUUCUCCUCUUCUAUUUUUUUACCCACUAUGACGCUUCCUUAGAGGAUCAAAAGGGGCUCGUGGCGUCCUAUCAAGUUGGCCGAGAUCUGACCGUGAUGGCGGCCGUUGGCUUUGGCUUCCUCAACUCAAAUUUGCGGAGACACAGCUGGAGCAGUGUGGCCUUCAACCUCUUCAUGCUGGCGCUUGGUGUGCAGUGGGCAAUCCUGCUGGACGGCUUCCUGAGCCAGUUCCCUCCUGGGAAGGUGGUCAUCACACUGUUCAGUAUUCGGCUGGCCACCAUGAGUGCUAUGUCGGUGCUGAUCUCAGUGGGUGCUGUCCUGGGGUACGUCAACUUGGUGCAGUUGGUGGUGAUGGUGCUGGUGGAGGUGACAGCUUUAGGCACCGUGAGGAUGGUCAUCAGUAAUAUCUUCAAAGUUUGCUCCUAAAUCUUAAAAUAUGGAAAGCACCUCAUGCGGCUAAAUAUUUUGAUGACCAAGUUUUCUGGAAGUUUCCUCAUUUGGCUGUUGGAUUUUAAGCAAAAGCAUCCAAGAAAAACAAGGCCUGUUCAAAAACAAGACAACUUCCUUUCACUGUUGCCUGCAUUUGUACGUGAGAAAUGCUCAUGACAGCAAAGUCUCCUUAUGUAUAAUGAAACAAGGUCAGAGACAGAUUUGAUAUUGAAAAAUAAAAGACUAAAAACUUA